AAACAAUCUUAAAAAAUCUGAAUUGAAUUUGACCCUCGUAGAAAGCCAUCCAGUUUGGGAACAAACGACAUGGCGGUGCUGCCGGACGAGCUAUGGAGGAGAAUACUAGAGAUCGGAGCUCUUGAAAACACUCCGAAUCUUCUAAAUUACAGAGACUUUUGCAGUCUUUCCAUCUCUUGCAGAACCCUAAAUCGUCUCUCCAGCGAAGACUCUUAUUGGUCUUCUUUUCUUGCAUCUGAUUUCCCACAAUAUCCUGUUCCACAUUCUUCCGCUAAAUCCCUAUAUAAAUUGUGUUUUAAGAGGGAUAAAGAGAAGAAGGUUUUGGCUCAUAAGCGUGCUGUGCUUAGAAUGGAAAGUAGAAUUGCUGAGCAUUCGAGGAGGAUUUCGGAACUUGAGAGUUUGUUGGGGAAGGAGGUUAUGAGAUUGAAGGCAGCUGCUUCGGAGUUGUCGAAUUUACGAAAUGUGAAACAAGCAUCAGUGGCAUUGAAUGUAUGGCAACCAGAGAUUGUUCGUGGUAGGCAAAAGCAGAUAAUUGAACAAUGUACUGUUAAUGUUAAGUCUCGAAUCAGUGCACUCGACAUGGAGGUUAAGCUUUGCAAACAGCAAAUAGCCACGUUUGACAAGGCUCAUAGAGAUGAGACCAGCAGGCUACAUGCUGCAAAGGAACUGUUAGCCUCAUUAACAUAUCAUCCUUUACGAGAUUGUAAUCUUCCAAGCAGCAGUAGCUGCAGCAGAGCCGAUGAGUGCAAUUCUAGAAAGAAGAAAAUGAAGACAAAGUAAAUUGGCACAGAGACAUCAGACAAAUUGUUGAAGAUGUAUACUAAGCUAUCACAGAAGAAAGAAGGGUAGAUAUAUCUCACCCUCCCUUACUUUCCCAUAUACUGCUUGCUCAUUUUGUCUCUAGGUUGUGUGAGCUCCGGAAUACGGGCACCUGAAUCACCAAGCCACUGGCAUCUUCCUUGUAUUUUUGUAAGCUGUGUGGGGAAUUCGGGACACUGGUGUGACUUGAAUCCCCGGCAACUGCAGAAUCUUCCGUGUUGUAUUUGGAUAUCGAUGUACUUGUAAUAGUCUGGUUCAGGAACGAUCUACUGGAUCUUCAGGUCACAUGCAUGCAAUUGUGUGAAUAUAAUUUAUCGAUGUGAUGUAUCAUGUACCUAGUGGACCAUUUUAAAAUAAAUCUUCUCGUUAUUGUGAAA